AUGAUAACUAGUGUCGAAGAUAGUACACAAAUCGAUCGUAUGCUAAGUGGAAUCGAAGCUAGUCUUGCAAGAGAAUACAUACAGCUCCGUUUUCAACCAACUGCAUCACCACUAACUCUUGGAUGUCUCAAUGAAUGUUUGUCUGAUUCAAUAUUAUCCAAUGUUCCAUCAUUAUCUUCCUCAUCAAAAUCGAGUACUCUCGAAGAAAUUGCAAAACGGGAUUGUCUAGAAUCGAAUCACAAUACAACAGUCGAUCAGAAGAAAACUUUGGAUGACAAUACUAGCUGUGAACGUGAACCAACGAGUGUGCCACAAAAUAACAAACAGAUUACAGAAAAUACUAGUUUGACGAAUGGUACCAAGAAAACAACUUCAAAAAUAAUUGAGCAGGCUGGCAGUUCUCAACUGAUAGACGAUCAAUUGGAAUCAACUCCAGUCGAUAAUUCAGCCUCAGCUCCUAGAAUACAAUCAUGUAAUGCAACUCAACUGUCUGAUCCAAAACGCAUCGAAAUAAUUCGUACUCUUCGACAAUAUAAGGCAGGAAAUCGACAGGUUACGUUAACUUCCAAAAAAUCUGGUAUGUUCGUUCAAGAAUUCAACUAUUCUGUACCUUCAGCGCAUACCCAACGUGCUCCUCAAUCUGAUUUCGGUUUCAAAAACAUUACCCUACGCCACAUGUGUCCAGAUACAGAUAAAGUUUAUCGUGGCUGCAUGCUUCAGUUAACCAUAAUUGAAUCGGCCGAGUUUGCUACACCUUCGAUCAAUCUUGUUGUCCAAGAUAAGAAUAAUGACGUCGAAAAACUGAACAUUUAUAAUUUUCCUCAAAACCAAGGUGAAUAUCUUUGCACAACGGUUUAUACUAUUGGAACCGGCGAUACGGGUAGACGACUUUGA